AUGAAUAUUUUAAGAAUUGUUUAAAGAUUCAGUUAGAAUCACUCAUAUCGAUUAACUGAAUAAGGUUCAGGAUUCUCUUAUCAAAUUAAUUUAUAUUCUAAUGAUAAAAUAACAUCAUUUUGGCAUGAUGUACCAAUCUAUCCAAUAAAAGAAUAAUUUAAUAUCAUAAAUGUAGGAAUUGAAAUACCUAAAGAGAGAUUAGCAAAAUUUGAAGUAAGUAAAACUAUUAAAUAUAAUCCAAUUGUGUAAGAUAAAAAGACGAAAAAAAAUUCAGAUGAAAAAGAACUAAGAUAUUAUGCACAAUUUGCUCCAUACAAUUAUGGCUUUAUACCUUAAACAUGGGAAAAUUCAACCAUUAAUUUACAUGAAGGAUUCAAGGGAGAUGACGAUCCUUUAGAUAUUUUAGAUUUAAGUAUGAAGAAAGUAUUCAAGCCAGGUGAUAUAUUUUAAGCUAAAAUUAUUGGAGCUUUUUGUGUUUUAGAUCAAGAUGAGGUAGAUUGGAAAAUAUUGGUUUUAAACACUGAAGAAGCUGAUUAAUUAAAAAUUAAUGAAUUUAACGAUUAUGAAAAAAAAUAUCCUGAUUUAGGUAGAUAUAUGCUUAAUCGAUUUCGUUAUAUUAAAACCUUUGAUGGAAAAAAAGAAAACUAAAUCUUAUUCAAUAAUUAAAUAUUUGAUGCUAAGAGAGCAGUCGAAAUUGUUAAGGAAGGUCAUUAAUAAUAUUAAGACUUACUUUAGAAUCCAAAUUUGAAAAUGAAAAGAUAGGAAUUCUUAAUUACUAAUUGAGUUAAUUAUAAAUAAGAUAUACUGGAG